UCCACUCCGUGAUGAAGAAAAACUUCCACCCCUAUAUGUUUUCCACUUCCUAGAUGAAGUCCCAGACAAGCAGACUGAGCAUCUCCAGACCCCUGAUAAUAAGGCCCCUCCCACCCCACUGCAGCCUUUUCCAGCUGGAGUUGUGUUCAAUCAGAGAGUGACUCCUCCUUCACACUUCCAGGAUGUCAGGCAUAUCGAGUUCGAUAUCACCGGCUCCAACAUACAGUACAGUGCAGGAGAUGUUGUAAUGAUGAGACCCUGUAAUGCUGCAGAGGAUGUGGAGCAGUUCUGUCAACUACUGAAACUUGGCCCGGAAAGAUACUUCACACUGACUCCCACUGACAGCAGCACAGCAGCAGUCCCUGCGCAUCUUCCUCAGCCCUGCUCCGUUCGCUUUCUGGUGGAACAGUUCCUGGACAUUUCUGCUGUUCCACGCCGUUCCUUCUUUGAGGUGUUGGCCACUUUUGCCACUAAUGAGCUGGAGCUGGAUAAACUUUUGGAGUUCAGUUCCGCUCAGGGUCAGGACGCUCUUCACUCCUACUGCAGCCGACCCCGUCGAACAGCCCUGGAGGUACUGGCAGACUUCCCUCAUACCACUGCCGAGUUGAGCGUUGACUGCUUGUUGGAUCUUUUUCCAGAAAUUCAGCCUCGCUCCUUCUCUAUUGCCUCUUCUCUCUUGGUAAAUCUUUUUAAU